CUAUUCACAGAGAUCCGUGCUGUCUGCGGACCGCUGAGCCGAGCGGACCGCAGCUCGGCUCAGCAAAACAAACCACAACAAGCGAGCAUCCGGUCCACAAGACAACAACACAGUCACGCAAGGCUGCUAACAGGACAGAUUACCAUGGCCCCGGUUCAGCUCUAGGUUACACAACCCCGAGGACGAUGUAACCGCACCCGUCACAAACAGCGAAGUACCUCAGUCUCAUCAUGCCGGGCAUGGUGGCCUUUGGUCGCCGGUGGGGGAUCGCCAGCGACGACCUCGUCCUGCCCGGGGCCUUCGAGCUGUUCCUCCGAGUGAUCUGGUGGAUCGGAACCCUCAUCCUGUACAGCCUGCACAAAGGCAGCUUCGACUGCCCCGGCGGGGGGGUGCUUCAUGGCUACCUGGUGGUGCUGCUGGUCCUACUCGCUCUGGUCAUCCUGUCGCUGUGUGCCAUCAUCUACGUCAGUGCUCAAGGUACCAUUACCAACCCGGGCCCCAGGCGGUCCAUCCCGGUGCUGGUGUACCUGCGAGCGCUGCUCUAUCUCCCGGAGAUCGUGUGGGCAUGUCUCGGGGCUAUCUGGGCGUCGGCUGACAGCCAAGGCUGCGACCCCGCCACAGUGGGGGCCGUCAUCGCUGCGGUCGUAGCGAGCUGGAUCCUGCUGCUCUCCACGGGGCUGGGCGUGGUGUUUGUCUUCGACCCGCUGGGCGACUCCCGGCCGCGGCCGCCCGCCCCGGAGCAGCUGGGCGUGCGGGACCUGGAGAGCAGCGAGGGCAGCCAGUUCCUGUCCACGGCGCGCUCGGUGGCCACCCAGGUGUGGGAGAGCCGGCUGCGCCUACUGUGCUGCUGCCUGCCGCAGGACGAGAGCCACCGGGCGGCCUUCUCCAGCAUCGCUCAGCUCGUCAGCGGCUUCUUCUCUGAUACAGACCUGGUGCCCAGUGACAUUGCGGCUGGACUGGCUCUACUUCACCAGGAACAAGACAAGAUGGCGCACCACAGAGAUCCGGACGACAUUCUGGCCCAUAGCCCCUCCUCCCCCAUUGAGGCCGAACUGGAGGUGGAGCUGGGGCAGGCUGCCCACUGCAUGCAGUUCGCUGCCGCGGCAUACGGCUGGCCCAUGUACAUCUACUCCAACCCCCUCACAGGCCCCUGCAAGCUCAGCGGAGACUGCUGCAGGAGCCAGGCGGCGGAGUACGACAUCGUGGGUGGAGAUCACCUGGGCUGUCACUUCUCUUCCGUGCUGCUCAGCACUGGCCUGGGCUACAGGGACUUCAUCUACGUCAGCUUCCACAACCAGAUCUACGAGAUCCCAUUCUUUGUGGCCCUGGAUCAUAAGAGGGAAGCUAUACUGGUGGCUGUCCGUGGAACGCUGUCACUAAAGGACGUCCUCACAGACCUGUCGGCCGACUGUGAGAACCUGCCAGUGGACGGGGUCUCUGGGACCUGCUACGCCCACAAGGGCAUGUCCCAGGCCGCCCGCUACAUCUACAGGAAGCUAGUCAACGACGGCAUCCUCAACCAGGCCUUCGCCAUCGCCCCGGAGUACAAGCUGGUCAUUACCGGCCACAGCCUGGGAGGGGGCACCGCCUCUCUGCUGGCCGUCCUCUUGCGUCACUCCUUCCCCAACCUGCAGUGCUACGCCUUCUCGCCACCAGGGGGACUGCUGAGUAAAGCCCUGGCCGAUUAUUCAAAGGACUUUGUGGUUUCUGUUGUGCUGGGGAAGGACCUAGUGCCCAGACUCAGCAUUCCUAACAUGGAAGACUUGAAGAGGAGAAUCCUCAAAAUGGUGUCAAACUGCAACAAACCAAAGUACCGUAUCCUGCUGCAGGGCUGCUGGUACGAGGUGUUCGGGGGGGAGCCCGACGACUCGCCCACGGAGCUGGAGCACCAGCGGCUGGAGGAGGAGCUGAGCCAGCCGCUCCUGGGGGAGGAGUCUCUGCUGGUGCGCCACUCCUCGUCCUAUCAGAGCCUGGCCUCCGACGACUCCCCCGCCCACGCCGCCACCCACCUGCCCCUCUUCCUGCCCGGCCGCGUGCUGUACCUGACGGAGGACGGGCCCUCCCGCAGGUCCUGUUUCGCCCAGGUCCGGUACCGUGCCGAGUGGUCCAGCGAGGCGGCGUUCCGCAGCGUCCUCAUCAGCCCCCGGAUGAUGGCCGACCACAUGCCGGACGCCGUGCUCCGUGCGCUGCGCAGCCUCACCGCCGACCGGCCCUUCAACCUCUGCCCAUCCUCCUCGUCACUCGGCAACAACCACCACACCGUCAUCUGAAAGCCACCCCGUGGCCCGACGCCGUCUCGAUCGAGACCCCUGGUUUUGUCCGGUUUUCUUUGGGGUCAGAAAAAACUCUUCCUGGGACUCCAACUCCACCCUGGCCCCGCCCCGCCCCGCCCCGGCCCCGCCCCAUUCCACGGGCCCCAGCGUCGGGGCCCUUCCUGUUCCUUACGGAUCCGGCCCCAGGCUUUCCUUCCCCAGAGCCAGAGGGAUUUGAACUCUGCUCUCCGUGUUCCAGGGACGUCAGGGAGCGGUUGCAUGGAUGUACGGCAGGAAUGAGUCUGAACCUGUCGCCCAAACUUCUGGGCAAACCUGAUUUUCCCCCACGAGGACGGGUCUGACGGAGCACUCAUUUUAAACUCCCUGAACUCUGAGUUUGACUCGCACUUUUUAGUUUUUUCCAUUUUUAAAUUUAAUGUAUUCAUGAUUCAACAGCCAAUUCUAAGCAGGUGAAAAAAAAUAUAAUACCUUGCCACGUGGCGUGGGCAUUGAUUGUGCGCUGUGUACAGCAGUGUUCGCUUAGCCAUGCAGUUUAACUGCACUUUUAAGUGUUAUCACUUUAAUUUAAUGUUUGUGUGUGAGUGCUGUAGUGUUGGUAGAGACUCGUGCACCUCGCAGGCACAUCCACCACAUGCUGCGACCACAGCUCAGCUGCCCGCAGGACCUCCACACCCACGCAGAUGCCUGCAAGAUGAGGGGGAGGAUAUUAGCUUGCCAACGCAUGGACUUGUGUUCCUCAGUUCCUGUGGUUUUGUCUCGUGUUUGAAUGUCUUAAAAUAAACAUCAGGGUGUUUUAGUGCCUAAUGCAUCGCAGAGAAAAAAUAACUGAGUGAUUGAUCCAAAUUCUAUAAACGUGACGGGUUUACAUUUCGGCGUAGGUUUACAACGGAGCAUGCAUUGCAGCCCACUUUUUUUGCUUAGAACAAUGGAUGUAAAAUAGUAAUAUGAUAUCCUGUACUUGUGGAAGGCUGUGGACAUUUUAUCAGUUAGAAACUCGGACUCCUGAGAUGUAUGCACAAGUUUUCAGAUCUGAGAAAAUGUGCAAAUAAAUAAACAUCACACAUA